AGACACCUAUAAUUAAUUAUCACUCUUUGUAGUAUAUAAGUAAGCUCAUUGAUUUUUAAUUUUAGUUUCAAUUCUGAAAAAGGCAACACUCCUAAAAAUGUUCGCUAAAGCAUUCAUUAUCGUGUCAUUCUGUGUGGCUGCUUCUCUCCAAAACUGGAUGACAGACAUACGUCCGUGUGGAAAAGGGAUACCAACCCCUGAAGAGUUUUAUAUAGAGAACUGUCUACAAUAUCCAUGUCCGUUUUACUUAGGCUGGAGGGUAAAUGCUGCAAUGGGGAUGACCGCACCCUAUCAUGUUUCUGCAAUGACAAUCAAAGUUCGUUUCUCUCUGUGGGGAGACUUUUUUGUUCCAUGGGCUUUACCUAACUCAGACGCUUGUAAACGUCCGAACAGCGACAUCAGUGAUUGUCCUUAUCCUGCAGGUACAAAAAUAUCUCAUUCGACAAGUAUGCCAGUGCCGUCAAUACCUCUUCGAUCUGGAAACGUUUACAAUGUCACCAUACAAUAUUCAUUGUACGACCAGAAUGACAAUUUACUCUGUUGCCUUAGAGCCCCAGCUCAAGUCAUGAAACAUCCACAAGAGCAAAAUUAAUACAAUACGAUAUAAUGGUGUAUAAUCAAUAUUAUUUAAAAUAAUAUAUUCCAAUACAACAUAAUA